AUGGCACUUGACGCAAAGCAAAGCCGACCGCGGCAGCAGCCAGGACUCGGACGCGGAAACCUUCGUGAGCCAAACAGCAGCAGCGGAACGCCUUCGAAGGAAGGUGGUGCAGGAGCGGGACGAGGUCGAGUGCUCGAAAAGGACAAGACCAGCUUCCUGCAGGAACUGCAGCUGUUCCACGGCCGGAAUGCGAGAGGUAGGAAUGUGGAUUCGCACCGGUUGUAUUGGGUGGUGGUGGCCCGGGAUUGGUGGUUGAAGGUCAAUUCGCGUGAGGACUGGGGCGAGAUCAUCGAGGAGAUGGCGCUGCCGAAGCGUUGCGUGAACAACGAGAUUGCGUUGAAGAAGAUAAACAUCCGGGUUUUGGACAAGUACGAGGCAGGUGAUUUUCACGGUGAGGAGAAGGAGCCGACGAAGAGGAGGACGAUGAGAAGCGGGAUAAUCGGAGGUGGCCAGAGCGGAUGUUGCACUCGGUGCCGGCGGUUUACAACACCGCAACUAACCGCCCACAAAUGCUCAUCUCACGACGGCGCAGCUCCAGUCGAAUGAACCUGGACAGCGUGCCGAAAAAAUCUGUGUCAUUUUCGAAGGAGGAUGAAGUACUCGAAAUCGAAUUCCGUUCCGAGGGCCUCAUCAACCCAAUGUUCCGGAUGCGCUUCCAGAAUCGGGAACUCCCC